UGUUCUCCUUCCAGAACGUUCUGCUCAUGUAGGCAGACAUGUCAGAGCCGCUCGCCAUGUCCCCAAGGUGUGCCCAGAAGCCAUGGAGGACAUAAGGUAACAUCUGAGUCCACUGAUGGGGAAGCCCAGUUCAAUGGAUGCCAAGUACAAGGAUGAUUUAUUUCGAAAGUAUGUCCAGUUCCACGAGGGCAGCCUGGAGCCCAGCCCCAGCAGGCUAGGCAGCGAUGAGCACUUGCGGGUGGCUGCCUCCGCCCUGCUUGGCCUGCCCAAGGGGGAUCCUGUUUAUCGAUUCCGGCUGAUCCAGUUCUAUGAGGUGGCUGGAGGCUCCCUGUGCUCCCUUCGCUCCUCCAGCAUGCGGGCGAUGAUCUGCGCCUUCAGCCUGUUGGAGACGGUGGGCAUCAACCUCUUCCUGCACCCCUGGAAGAAGGAGUUCAGGAGCAUCAAGACCUACACGGGCCCCUUCGUCUACUAUGUCCGCUCUGCGCUGCUGGACAAGGACAUCGACACCAUCCUGGCUCUCAUGGGCUAUAUGCCUGAGCCGGGGCCCAUCUAUAGGCUCCGAGAUCCCGCCGAGCCGCUGCAGCUGAGGAUGGUUGCCUUUGAGCUCUUCCUGGCCAGGGUGGAGUGUGAGCAGAUGCUGGACAUUCACGCCCAGGUCAAGGACAAGGGCUACUCAGAACUGGAUGUGGUGAACGAGCGCAAGAGCAGCACCGAGGACCCGCGUGGCUGUGCUGAGGCGCUGAGGCGCCGAGCCGAGGGUCGGGAGCACCUCACGGCCUCCAUGGCCCGUGUGGCGCUCCAGAAGUCGGCCAGCGAGCGUGGGGCCAAGGACUACUACAAACCUCGGGUCACCAAGCCCUCGCGCUCAGUGGACGCCUACGAUAGCUUCUGGGAGAGUCGGAAGCCACCCCUGAAGACCUCGCUGAGCCUGCGGAAGGAGCCCGCAGCCACUGAGCUGGGGGACAUGCCCCAGGAUGAGAUUGUCCGCCCAUCCUCCAUGCUCCUGACCAUGGCUAGCUCUCCACAUCGCAGCCCUGAUGAGCUCCCGCCCCCCGCCCCAAACAAUGGCCUCGGCCUGCUCCGCGCCACGUACUUCUCGGCCCAGGAUGAUGUGGAUCUGUACACAGACUCGGAGCCACGGGCUGUGGCCCGGCGCCAGGACAACCUGCGGCCUGAUGUAUGGUUAAUGAAGAGCGACAGCCACCCCAUAUACCACAGGCGCUCGCCCCCUGCCAAAGAGUCGUCCUUGGCUAGGUGUCCUCACUGUGGCCUGUCCUGUGGCCCAGCUGCCUGCCAGCGCUGUGACAGCCUUGUCCCCUGCACCCCGGCUUCCAAGCCCGGAGCCUUCGCCAGCAAGGCAGCUGCGCAUGACAGCUUGGCCCCAGGACCCUCUCUGCGGGAGAAGUACCCUGGCCCCGAGCGGCUGCCACACACCCAUACGAAAGUCAAGGCCACCGCCUCCAUCGCCGCCCGCUGUGGCUUCUGCAACCGGCCAGGUGCUGCCCACACCUGCACCCACUGCUCCAAGGUCUCCUGCGACGCCUGCCUCAGUGCUUACCACUAUGACCCCUGCUGCAAGAGUGACCUGCACAAGUUCCUGCCCAACCACCAGCUCAACUACAAGGCCCCGCCCUUCUCGCACCUUGUGUUCAGAUAAACGCCCCACCACCCCGCUCCAAGGGCUACGACACCCCCUUCCUGUCUGAGAUGGCACUGGGUCCAUGUGCCGGGUGGGGGCACAGCUGCACUGGGGGCCGCUCAGAGCCAGGUAUGUCUGCGGUUGGCCCCUCCACUGCGACUUCUUGUCUCCACUUUGUUCUAGGGCCCUGGUUUCUGAUUUUGAAGUGGCUCUCUCUGUGUUUUGGGGGCUUUUGCUUAGCUUUCCACCCACAUCCCCUGCCUGCCGCCAUAGCCCACGGGCACCGGGAGCGGGAGUGGAGGCCUGUCGGCGUGUGAACUGAGCCCUCCUGCCACCCCAGGCCCCCUCCAGUGCUCAUUACCCCAUCACCGCCUGCAUGCUUUGGGGCCCUUGCCGCCUUCAUUCCCAAUGUUGUGUGAGCUCUGGACCCCAUUUACCUGAACCAGUGUUUGCUGCCUGUCAUCCAGUUGCGGCUUGACUGGGGUACAGGGCCCGCAGUUGGGCUGGCCUACCCGCUUGUUUGCACACGCCCCUUUACUGUACUGUAAAUAGAUAUUUUGGAGAUUUAUUUUUAAAUAAAUAUUGGACUUGACAUGUGUCCCAGGAG